AUGGUAGACCCUGGGGACGUAGAUGUAGGGAAGGUGCACCCUGGCCUCGUGGAGUUUACGUUCCAGUGGGCUGAGCGUAGCUCCCACAGGGAGGAAGCUGGGAGCCUCAUGCCCCGCACGCUGGAGAGCCAGAUCACGCUGGAGAAGACGCCCAGCUACUUCGUCACCCAGGAGGCCCCUCGGCGGAUCUUCAACAUGUCGCGGGACACCAAGCUGAUCGUGGUGGUGCGCAACCCGGUGACCCGCGCCAUCUCCGACUACACCCAGACGCUGUCCAAGAAGCCCGACAUCCCCACCUUUGAGGGCCUGUCCUUCCGGAACCGCACGCUGGGCCUGGUGGACGUGUCCUGGAACGCCAUCCGCAUCGGCCUGUACGCGCUGCACCUGGAGGGCUGGCUGCGCUACUUCCCCCGCGCGCAGAUCCACUUCGUGAGCGGCGAGCGGCUCAUCACCGACCCCGCGGGCGAGAUGGGGCGGGUGCAGGACUUCCUGGGCAUCCGCAGGUUCCUCACCGACAAGCACUUCUACUUCAACAAGACCAAGGGCUUCCCCUGCCUGAAAAGGACGGAGGCCAGCCUCCUGCCGCGGUGUCUGGGCAAGUCCAAGGGCAGGGCUCACGUGCAGAUCGACCCCGAGGUCAUAGACCAGCUGCGGGAGUUUUAUAGACCUCACAACAUUAAGUUCUAUGAGACGGUCGGGCAGGACUUCCGGUGGGAAUAGGCCUCCGACAGGCCAGGUCUCUGUGGGUCUGUGCCACGGGUUUGUUCUGGGGGCCUGUGACCCCCUCCCCCCGCAGAGCCGGGCUCCAGCGCCUUCCCCAGCUGGGACUCCAUCAUCCUGGAACCAGGGAGCCCAGCCCGGGCGAAGGGUCGGGGGCCCUGCCGCUAGCUCUCCCCCGUCUGCCCAGGCCACACUGACCUGCUUCUGGCACGUCCAGCCAAUUCCGAAUCAUUGCCCUCCGGCCCGUAGGCUGCCUCGGGAAGCUGCUUUAGGAAGCGUGGAUCUUCCCGUUCUGCUCGCUGUUCCCCGUGGUGAUGGCUCUGUUGCUGUGAGCACAGCGGUCUGUCCUUGUCACUGUCCCCCCCAGAGUGAGCUUGCUAAUUCCGCGUGUCAUGUGUUUCCCUCUGAGCUUUCCUCUCCCUGGCCGGCGGCGUGGGGCACCGUCCUCGUCCUCCCGCCCUUAGCAGCUCAUCAAGAGACGCAGAGCGGACGCGCCCCCUGGCCACUGCGAGGAGAUGGACCCUCUGAUGAGGGAAUAAACCGGAGCUUUCUAAGGCUGAGGCCUCAGCCCUGCUCGAAGGUGGCAGUCUUCGAAGAACGCUUGGUGACUCCCUGCUCCCUGUGGACAAAAGCACAUAAUUCUGCUGUUACGGGUACUUGCCUCACGCGAGCUUUCAUGUUCAGCAUGCAACAGAACAUGCUUGUCCAUGUGAAAUAAAUAC